GUUGACAAGACCGGCGCGAUCAGGAAAACAGAAGGAAGAUUGACAACCAAAUUACUCAAGAACUGGCAUGGACCGUAUAAAAUAUUAGAGAAAGUCAGCAAUGUCAAUUACAAGAUUGCCAAUGUUAACGGCCGGCGUAAGAUCGACACUGUUCAUGUUUUGCAACUCAAGCCUUGGUACAACCAUGCCGACGAAGAAGUUAACGUGCAACAAACAGAACAGCCCCAGGCGAAGCAAGAUCAGCCAGCUGAAAGUGAAAGCGAACCGCAUAGACCACGCUACAACAUGCGCCAGCGAAAGUGAAUUUCAUUCUACAUACACCAUUAUCCCACCACUCCACCAUAAUCUCUACGAGAUUCCAUGAAGAAGGCGAAUGUCAUAUAGAGAAUGUAUUUCCGUGUCACGUCUGUACAUCUACAUAGCCUCUUCUGUGUUAUUUACCUAAAUACCUUCACCUCUUUUACUCGUAUAUAAACGCUACUGCUUCUUUCAUACGAGAUUCAUGCUCUCAUCAUUCUACGAUCAUCUCGAUGCUAUUUCUCUACGAUCAUCGCCGACUAUCUUCCGCACAUCAUGCAGACAAAGAGCAAACAAAAACGGGUCCAUAACUGCCUGCAAGGAAUACGCCAGCGACGCCAUGCGAAUCAGCCAUGGCGGGAUCACGAAAUCCGUCAGACUUAGCAACACUCGCAGAACAUUGUUGGGUGUCCAUAAGACGAGGAAGCUGGUGGUCAUCGCUGCCAGAAGUCAAAUUAUAGCCAGGACUGGACUUCCUUCCGAUACGCAGCUGUUCCCUCUAGAGUUUCUCAUUCAGCCUCCCACGGCGACCGAUAAUUUCCACCUUGCUGUUAAGAUUAGAGCGCAAACACUGUCAGACAACAGCCAAUAUUAUCUCAUUGUUGGAAUCCAAGAGAAAAAGCCAGUAAUCCGAGAGAAAAAGCCAGCAAUCCAUGAGGAUGAGAUCAAAGGACAAUUAAUGAUUACCAAGGUUCACCGAACUGACGCUUCCGAACCGAUCGUACCGUGGCCGUCUAAUUUAGUUCUGCUGAACUAGC